AUGCGUCUUCCUCACUAUGCCUCGCUCCUCUGCGCAGUCCAGACCUGGGCAUUCCAAUUCCCACGAACACCCAUCUUCUCACCAGGCCAGAGACCUAUGUAUGGGCUCGCCAACGACCAUGAUAUCGAUAUCGUGACGGGAAGCCAGUUCAAUGGAUUGACCACGUUUGCACACCUGCCAUACGUCCAUUGUUUCUCGGACGAAGGGGCGCAGGGGAAUAAAUACGACAUUGCGAUCUUGGGUGCGCCGUUCGAUACAGGUGUCACGGCCAGACCAGGAGCUCGAUACGGUCCCGUAGCCAUUCGGAUUGGCAGCCAGAGGAUAGAUGCCGAAUUCGCGUGGAGUGUAUAUACCGGCAUAAAUCCUCUCAAGUCGUGGGCCAAAGUCGUGGACUGCGGAGACGUGCCAAUGGUUUGGCUGGAUAACAACGUCGCGCUGGCGCAACUGCACAAAGCCCACAAGGUUGUAUCGGGCAGAGGGGCGUCCAACGAGAGUUAUUCCCUCACCCCAAGGAUUGUCACACUCGGAGGCGACCACACGACCACAUUGUCGGCUCUGAGAUCUACGCAUCAGCGAUGGGGAAGAGUCUCAGUAAUCCAUUUCGAUAGCCAUAUAGAUACCUGGGAUCCGGCUGUACUUGGAGGUGGGAUAUCAGACUACGCGGGUCUCAACCACGGCACGUUCCUACACAUCGCCCACGAAGAGGGCCUAAUCCACAAGACCUCAAUCCACGCCGGUAUCCGAGCCCCCCUCGCACGCCGCAAAGGCGACCUCCGCAACGACGUGCGAUGCGGCUUCGCCAUGGUCACAGCGCGCGACCUAGACACACUGGGCGUACCGGGCACAAUCUCACGCAUCAAGGAGCGCGUCGGCGGCUCCAAGGUCUACAUCAGCGUCGAUAUCGACGUAUUGGACCCUGCAUUCGCGCCCGCGACCGGAACGCCCGAGCCCGGCGGCUGGUCGACGCGCGAGCUGCUGACGAUCCUCGAUGGGCUGUCCGGGCUGGACAUCGUGGGCGGCGACGUCGUGGAGGUGUCGCCAAUUUACGACACGCGCGGGGAGACGACCGCACUCGCGGCCUCCGAGGUUGCUUUAUCGCUGAUCGAGCUCAUGGUUGAGAAUCCGGUCAAGUCGCUUGCCGACUCCGACGCUUUGCACAUGUAA